CGCUAAUCAUCUAGCGCGAUCUUUCAGCCAUCAAUAUCAGGGCGGUGAGGUUGAAGGGGUAAUCGUGGUAGAGUUCGCUGUAACGGGUUUCGAAUACUCGUUACCGACCACUAACAGCAGUAAGGCGGGGCCAGCGUGGAAUAACUUCACGUAGAUUACAUCGAAAACCGUAGCAGUCACCGUCACCGACUUUCCUGAAGUUCUACUUUCGUUGUCAUUCGAAAAUCUGCGUGCGAAAACUCGAAAUCAGAUCUGAGUAGUUAGAAAUUAUGCUGAACGUAUGAUCAUCGUGCGCGUUUAAAUUUCAGUUUUCCAAAAAUGAUGUCUAUAAUAUUCAUUUUGUUCCUUAAGUUAUGUUUGGCACAAGAAUAUCCAACAUAUUUAGUUGCUCAAGAAAAUGAUUAUUCACGAACGACAAAAUUACAAAAUGAUAAGUCUUUCAACAACGUAUAUGAUUGGAAAAAUAAUUUUGAUAAUAAUGUCAUUAUCCCUGAUGCAAAUUAUUUCAUUAUUGCAAGUCGAAUGGUUAGACCAGGUCAAGUUUACAGGGUGUCUGUUACUGUUUAUAAAGCUAAAAAACCAAUAUCUGUUAGGGCUUCAAUUCAAAGAAAUGGUGUUGAAUUAUCUUCUGAUAUUAGUGUAAUUAAAGAAGGAAUUCAAGAAGCAUUAUUAUUAUUGGUUCCAACUACUAGUAUUCCUGGUGAAUAUAAAUUAAAAGUAGAAGGAUUGUAUGAUGGUGUUAUUGGUGGAUAUGCAUUUAAAAAUGAAACUCGAUUAAAUUUUUCACAACGAUCAAUGACAAUUUUUAUACAAACUGAUAAACCAAUUUACAAACAAUCAGAAAUUGUUUAUUUUCGAGCAAUUCCAAUCAAUACAGAGCUAAAAGCUUUUGACAGUGCUGUUGAUGUAUACAUCUUAGACCCCAAUCGUCAUAUUAUGAGGCGUUGGCUUUCAAGACAAUCAAAUUUUGGAUGUGUAAGUUUAAAUUAUGAAAUGUCUGAUCAACCUGUUUUUGGAGAUUGGACAAUUCAGGUUGUAGCUCAGGGUCAGAUUGAAGAAGUCACAUUUUUAGUAGAAGAAUAUUAUCAAACACGGUUUGAGGUUAAUGUGACAAUGCCGGCUUAUUUCCUGGAUUCAGAUAAAUAUUUAACUGGUUAUGUAAUGGCAAAUUACACCAAUGGUGGUCCUGUUAAAGGAAAUCUUACUUUAAAAGCAACAAUAAGACCUCUGAAAAAUGGAUUUAAAAAUUAUGAUGGUACAGUAGUUGAAAAAUAUUUGAGUUUUGAUGAGUCAUAUCCUUCUUGGUUUCCUAAACAAUCUGAAUACUCAAGAAUAAAUCAAAUACCUCAUAAACAAUGGUUUUAUGGUGUUUAUAAAUUCAAAUAUCCUUUAAGUGAAUUACAGCAAUUAGUACCUACUUUAGAAGAAACUGAGGUUACUAUAACAGCAACUGUAGGAGAGAGAUAUUUAAAUGAAGUUAUUGAAGGCUAUUCAACUGCUAGAUUUUUCAAUUCUUCUGUUAGAGUUGCUUUUUUAGGUGGUUCACCACAAGUUUUUAAACCUGCUAUGCCAUUUACUGUGUAUAUAACAGUUUCUCAUCAUGAUGGAUCACCUUUGGAUAGGUACAGGUUAUUAUUAGGUCGUUUAGAUAUGUCUGCUGAAGUGGUAAUGAAAUCUGGUGGACGCAAAACUAUUGAAAUGAGAACGGUGAAAAUGUCAACUCAGCAUGAAGGAGUAUUUGAAAUGAAAUUAUAUUUGCGUACAGAAUUAGGUCUUGAUAAAGAUAAACGUGCUUCAGAAAUAUUAAAAGAUAUUGAAUCAAUGAAAAUUCUAGCAUCAUUUAAAGACAUGUAUGGUGAAAGAUCAAAUACAGAAUUACUUUUACUUACACAUUAUUCACCUAGUCAACAUCAUCUUAAAGUUUGGACUUCAACUAAAGAUGCUAAGGUUGGACAGUUUAUAGUGUUUCAUGUACAAAGCAAUUACUAUUUAGAGUCUUUUGAUUAUAUCUUGCUCUCAAAAGGUAUAAUAUUAUUAACUGGCCAAGAAGUAACACAUGCAUCAACCAUUUGUACAUUUGCUGUUACUCUAUCUGCUGAAAUGGCACCUGCUGCAACUAUUCUUGUAUACCAUGUUGGUAAAUUUGGAGAUGUAGUAGCUGAUAGUUUAACUUUUCCAGUGAAUGGAAUAUCACGAAAUAAUUUCACUGUUUUUAUUAACAAUCAAAAAAGCAGAAGUGGCGAAAGUGUUGAAGUAGCAAUAUAUGGUGAACCUGGAGCAUAUGUUGGAUUAUCAGGUUUAGAUUAUCCUUUCUACGGUCUACAAGCAGGAAAUGAAUUAACAUAUGCCAAGGUUUUAACUAAAAUGGAAAGAUUUGACGAGGAUACAAAUGGUACAAUCAUGCAUACAUGGUUAUCUCAUGAAGGUUCUCCUGACGAAAUAGUUUAUUUUCCAUCAUCUACUUUUGGAAUAGAUGCUAAUCGUACGUUUGAAUUUGCUGGCGUAGUUGUAUUUACUGAUGUGGUUUUACCUCGGCGAAUGACUUUAUGCAACCAAACUCUAGGGUAUGCUGAAUGCCUUAGUGGUCGCUGUUACUUGGCUAAUAAGAAAUGUGAUGGACAUUUUGAUUGUGAUGAUGGCACUGAUGAAGCUCUAUGUCUAUUAUAUAAUCAUACAGAUUUUAAUAACUUUCGAAAGUUUCGUUACAAUCAUCUUCAAAGACACUAUGAUAAUGUAUGGAUGUGGCAAGAUAUUAAUAUCGGUCCUCAUGGACGGUAUGUAUUUGAAUUAAAAGUCCCCCAUCGACCUGCACACUGGAUGAUAACUGCAUUUAGUUUAAGUCCUACAAAAGGAUUUGGCAUGAUCAAAAAGCCCAUUGAAUAUGUUGGAGUGUUACCGUUUUUUAUGAAUGUUGAAAUGCCUACUCAUUGUAAACAAGGUGAACAGAUUGGAAUUCGUGUAACUGUUUUUAACUACAUGUGUAGUAGUGUUGAGGCUGUAGUUGUUUUAUCUGGAUCUGAAUCUUAUAAAUUUGUUCAUGUUGAAGAAAAUGGAAUAGUAAAUUCUUAUAACCCAAGAACAUCUCAUGGUGAUCAUCAAUUUUUUAUUUAUAUCAAAGCACAAGAUGCAGAAACUGUUUACUUACCUGUCGUUCCUACUAAACUUGGUGAUAUUAGUAUAAAUAUUGAAGCUACUACACUAAUAGCUAGUGAUCGUGUUACAAGAAAUGUUCAUGUUGAAUCUGAUGGAGUGCCUCAAUAUAGACAUCAGUCAAUGAUUUUAGAUCUUAGUAACAGAGCUUAUGUUUUUCAAUAUUUGCAUGUAAAUGUUACUGAAACACCUAUUAUACCAUAUAGCAUUGAUCGUUAUUAUGUUUAUGGGUCAAACAAAGCUCAUGUUUCAUUAGUUGGAGAUGUUGUUGGACCCAUUUUUCCCACAAUGCCAGUUAAUGCAACAUCUUUACUUAAUUUGCCUAUGGAUGCUGCUGAACAAACAAUGUUUAGUUUUGCUGCUAAUUUAUAUACAACAAUUUAUAUGAGAUAUGCAAAUCAGCAAAAUAGAAUAUUAGAAAAGCAAUCAUUCUAUCAUUUAAAUAUUGGAUAUCAACGUAUGUUGUCAUUUAUGAACAAAGAUGGAUCAUUUAGUCUUUUCAGGAGUGAUUGGAAUAUGUCUUAUCCAAGUGUUUGGUUGACCUCAUAUUGUGCCAGGGUAUUUCAAGAAGCAAACUUUUAUGAAUGGGAAAAUUUUAUAUUUAUUGAUCCACAGGUAAUUUCAAAGGCUUUAAUGUGGGUGUUAGCUCAUCAAACUGAAGAAGGUUCUUUUUAUGAUGUAUCAUGGUUCCCUGACCGUAAGGUAAACAGUUCCAUACAUAAAUCAAUACUCUUUGGAACUAAUAGACAGCAGAGAUUUUCAAAUAUAUCAUUAACAGCCCAAGUACUCAUAACAUUAAUUAGUGCAAAAGAUCUUUCUGGGGGGCUAGGCUCAAAAAUAGCUCAAGGAGAGAGUCGAGCUGUAAAAUAUUUGGAGAAAAAUAUGAAUUUAUUAAAUAUGACUGGUGAACCGUAUGAAAUUGCUCUUGUUGCAUAUGCACUUAUGUUAACUAAAUCAUCAUUUGCUGAAUAUGCAUUCAGUUUAUUAGCUAAACAUUCUAGGAAAGAAGGUGGAUUAAUGUACUGGGGUAAAGAUUUUGUACCUUUGCCACCAACAAAAAUGGAGAAUCAGAAACCAUUUUUGUUACCACGUCUUCCAUAUAAAUAUGAUUCUAUUAACAUAGAAACAACCGCAUAUGCAUUACUUGUUUAUGUGGCUAGAAAAGAACCAUUUGUUGAUGAUAUUGUCAAAUGGUUGAAUUCUCAAAGACUUACUGAUGGUGGUUGGGCCUCUACACAAGAUACUGCUAUUGCUAUGAAAGCUCUGAUUGAGUAUACAAAUAGAAACAGACUUAGAGAUGUGUUUACACUAACUGUCACUGUUGAAGCUACUGCUCUUUCUGGAAAAACCAGAACAUUAAAAAUUAAUAGCCAUAAUAUAGCUCAAUUACAAAGAAUAGAGAUCCCACAAGCUUGGGGUACUGUCAAAGUACAAGCUAAAGGAUCAGGGUAUGCAAUUUUACAAAUGUCUGUCCAAUACAAUGUUGAUGUUGCAAAAUUCCAAACGGCACCUCCAGAAUUAGCUUUUGGACUAGUAACAAGAGCAGAUUUUCAUGGUCGCAAUCAAUCUCAUAUUACUUACCGCAGUUGUCAAAAGUGGACUUACCUUGAAGAGUCUCCUCGGUCUGGAAUGGCCGUUUUGGAUAUUGCUAUUCCGACAGGAUAUAUAAUACAACAACAAAGUUUAGAUGCUUAUGUAUUGCAAAGAAUAGUUCCAAAUUUACAAAGGGCUCGAUUUUUACCAGGAAAACUGUUAUUUUAUUUUGAUUAUUUGGAUGACUCUGAAACAUGUGUAAAAUUUACUAUAGAGAGAUGGUAUCCUGUAGCUAAUAUGUCCCGUUAUCUUCCUAUUCGUGUUUAUGAUUAUUAUGCUCCAGAAAGAUUUAAUGAAACAAUAUUUGAUGCUUUACCAACAUAUUUGUUGAAUAUUUGUGAAGUAUGUGGUAGUAGUCAAUGUCCUUACUGUCCUAUAUUCAACAGCGCUUUCCAACUAUCUAUACCAGUUACAUUAAUUUCUGUUGUCAUGCUUAUUAUAGCUUACAUUUAAAACAAACAAAAUUGUACGACUUAAUAUUGUUAUUAAGUAUGGGUUUUAAUUCAAAACUGUAGUAUUAAUUUAGUGUACUCUAAAGACUCGAUUUUAAAAGAUUUAAUAAGUAAUUCCAAGACUGGC